CCGGUCAGCUCCCUUAAUGGGGCGCGUGUGAGGCACGACUACCCCUGGGACAGCGACGUGCACGUCACUCUCCAUGCCCGCUCGUGGGCGUGGCCCGAGAGACUCGAUCCUCAUCAGCAGCAGCUUUCCUUUUCUGCUCAUUCAGUAACUCCUCCACUCUGCAUCUCAGUGACGCUUUUUCUCUCGUGGAGAAUGACCUGUACGGACACCUCCGAGCAUAUCGGUUAAGGGAAGAGGGUCGUCGUGCCGAGCCGAUUCAUCGAUGGGAAGCUUGUCCUCCGAUGGCGAAUUGGAGCGGUUUGAGCCCUACAGCACGCUGAGCGCGGACGUGAGCGAGUCGGAGAGCUGGGCGGGAAGUGAUUGCGUUGGAGCCGAUUACAGUCCGCUCAGCUCUACUCCAGCAGCGCGACGUCGUUCCUCCGGCGAAUCGAGCUUCCCGACGCCGAUUCCAGGGAUGUUUCCUGUCCUCGGAGGAAGAAGCACCUCCGCUAAGCGGCAGAUUGAGAUGAUGGCUGAAAUGGUGGACAAUUUGGAGAUGGAAGAAGAAGUAUCCGAAGUUGACAUGAUGAAGGAGCGGUUUACUAAACUGUUGCUCGGAGAAGACAUGUCGGGUGGAGGGAAAGGAGUUUGUACUGCCCUGGCUAUCUCGAAUGCCAUUACAAACCUUUCAGCUAAUGUGUUUGGGGGGCUCUGGAAGUUGGAGCCAUUGUCGCAGAAGAAGAAGUCGGUGUGGCGCCGAGAAAUGGAAUGGCUCCUAUGCGUGAGCGAUUCGAUGGUUGAGUUUGUUCCAUCAAAGCAAGAAUCCCCGGGUGGCGGGACAGUCGAGAUUAUGGUGACACGCCCUCGUGCUGACCUGCACACAAACCUCCCAGCACUGAAGAAGCUUGAUGCGAUGCUUAUCUGCAUUCUCGACGCGUUCUGUGAUUCCGAGUUUUACUAUGUCGAUUGCGGGGUCGUUGUUGCUCAUGUUGAUGACUCAGAGGCCUGCCCUUCAGCUAAGUCCUCUGGCAGAUCUUCUUCUGUUUGGCGGGAAGAGAAGCGUUGGCUUCCAUUUCCCAGAGUCCCGCAAAAGGGCUUGUCGGAAGAUACUAGGAAGAAAUUGCAGCAGUACAGAGAAUGUACUAAUCAGAUACUCAAAGCCGCCAUGGCUAUCAACGGCAGCGCCCUGGCCGAGAUGGAAGUCCCAAGUGCUUAUUUGGAGAGCCUGCCAAAGAGUGGAAAAGCUUGUCUAGGGGAAACCAUCUACCGCUACAUGACCGAAGAUAAGUUUUAUCCUGAACUCCUACUCGAUUAUCUGGACGUAUCAUCAGAGUGGACCACAUCAGAUAUCGCAAACAGGAUAGAGGCUGCAGCACAAAUAUGGAGGCAGAAGUACCUCAGAAAGGAAUCAGGUCACGCAAGGGGUACUAAGACAUUGUGGGGUGGCAAGGUAAAGGGAGUUGUUGGUGAUGCGGGAAAGAGUAAGCUUCUUGCUCGACGAGCAGAGACCCUCUUGAAAAACUUGCGGCUACGUUUCCCAGGUCUUCGGCAAACUGCUCUAGACAUGAGCAAGAUUCAGCAUAACAAGGACGUGGGCCACUCAAUCCUGGAGAGUUAUUCCCGAUUGAUGGAAAGUAUAGCCUUCAAUAUCACGGCUAGAAUCGACGACGUCUUUUACGUAGAUGAUGCGACAAAGCAACGGGCGGUGAUGGAGGAAGAUGAUUUACUAAAGCGGAUAUAUGCUGACCCUUUCAUUAUCCAGAAUUCCAGCCAUGCCUCUACAUUUAGAUUACAACCAUGGCAGUCAAAUAGGAGCGACAGGAGCAGCCUGAAAUACCCGUUGGACCAAAAUCCUGAUGGCUCCUGAAGGGUAGACUCUCAGGCACAAAUUUUAACUUUGGCGAAGGAUUUAAAAGGUUCGCCGCAAACUCCUAUCUGGCUAGCUAUUGUAAAACUAAAUGGGGUCGAUGGCAAUUUCAGCUGUGAUGCCUGACUUGUGUCCCGAUUAGUACGAGGAGUAAGUGAGUGGAGGAUUAUCUUGUUAAGUAGAACCACAAAUGAAGGCUGCUAGGUUACUGAUGUAACGAGUCUAGAGGUAUGAGUGUUGCUUAUAGUUAGUCAACUGUGAUCGGUUUUAUCCUGUCCUUAACCUGCUGUUCUUUGCUUUCGAUGUGAUACCUCUUCCAGACAUUUAGAUGAAUGGCAAUUAUGGCUUGGCUUCAUGCCUUAGGUAUAA